AUGAACUGGGCAGCGGCAACGUGCUGGGCUCUGCUGCUUGCGGCUGCCUUCCUCUGCGACGGCGGCGCAGCCAAGGGCGGGCGGGGAGGGGCUCGGGGAAGCGCCCGGGGAGGGCGUGGGGCCUCGAGGGUGCGCGUGAGGCCAGCGCCCCGCUACAGUGCCCCGGGUUCCUCCCUGCGAGUGGCAGCCGCGGGGGCGGCGGCAGGAGCCGCCAAAGGCCCCGCGGCGGGGGCGGGCUGGAGGAGGGCAGCUGGGCCUGGGGAGCACGGCCUGGAGGACGAGGAGGAUCAGAUGCCUGGUGGCAACGGGACCGGUCGGAGCGUAUACAGCUACCGGGCGUGGACUUCCGGUACAGCGCCAAGGCCGUACCUCUGCCUGCUGCUGGGCGGUGCCCUGGGAGCCCUGGAGCUUCUGCGUCCCUAG